AUUUAUUUAAUAUGACUGAUAAAGUAGUUGAUUUCAUUCGUGGUUAUGCUACAACAUCUGAAGAUAAACGAGCAAAAAAUACAAAUCUUACUCUUUGCUAUAAAAAAGCAUUUUUUCAACGUCAGCUCGAUGAUAGAUCAGUUAUAACGAGAGAUAAUAGCAGAAUACAAACUCAACCUAAAGAUUCAUUCAAAGACGAUGGACUGUAUUGUUCAUCAGAAUCUCCAUUAACAAGCAAUGUCGUGAAGCCCUAUCUAUUGGAUCAUCAAACUAUUGUAUUCGAAUCAAACAACCGGAUGUGCGGUAAAGUUCUUGAAAUUGCAAUCAGAGAAGUCAAUAUAUUUCCAAAUCAAAAUGAUUGUAAGCCUGUACCAGAAAUCACAACCGUAGCUUUGUUAUUUAAGAAUAAAGUUAUAUGCAAAGCGAAUCAUCCGUUUAAUAGAAAAUUGCAUAAGCUAUUUAUUAGAAACUUAUCAGAUUCAAGUAAUCUUGCUAUAAAAGUUCAAGCUCGUAAUGGACUCCACAGUAUGUUACCACUUCCACUCCCAGGGUAUUGCGUUAAGCAUAAAAAAAUUGAAAUUGAUUUUGCAAUAAGUGACAAUAGUGACUGCAUUUACUCAGGAUUAUUGGUUUGUACUAUUUCACUAAAUGUUACUGGCUCGAAUCCCAAAGCUGAAUCAACAACCUAUUUAUAUGCAGCAUCGAGGAAUGAUCCGAACGACCCAAGAAAUAGUUUUUCCAUUAUCAAGCCGAUACGAGACAAUAAUUAUAAACAAGUUCGUUAUUUUCUACUUCAAGAUCCUGCUUUGUGUUUUCCUACUUCACCACUUGAUGUAAUUCAGAAGCAAAAUUUAGCUAAAAGAAUCCUACCAAAGCCACCAGCUAUUGUCAUUAACGAACCAACGUUUUCUUUACUGGACGUAUCGUUAAGAAGUUGGCUCCAAGAAAAGCGACCGCUAAGGCCAUCGUUUAGUAGCACACAAAUUCCAAAACACCAUGCUGGUCGCAAGCAAGUUCUUACGGUGACAGUGUUGAGAGGCGUUGAAGUUCCAGUUAGAGAGGAAUCUGCAAUUGUGCAGCCAAUUAUUGAAGUUGAGUGGGAAAAUAUUAUUAACUGCACUUCAUCGUCCGAUGGAUCUGCCCCUGUCUGGCAGCAGACACUUCUAUUUGAAAUUCCGACUUCAAAAAUAAGCUUUGAACAUUGUGUAAAGUUGAGACUCUUUGAUCAACACCCAGUUUGGGGUUUGCAAUGGCUUGGUGAAGCAAGAAUUCCAAUAGAAUGCCAUAGAAAUUAUCAACAAUUAGAGCGAUGGAUUGGGCUGUCUCCACUCUAUAGUCCAGCUCUGUCGUUUGGAUACGUGAAAGCUAGUCCAGGACAUUCGUAUACGAGAAUUUAUGUCCUUAUGAAGAUGGAGCAAAUGGGAACAACAAAUCCUGUUGAUAAUAAUUCGAUAGCUACAUUAUCCAAAGCCAUCCAACGAUGUCUUGUUGUGCCUUAUAAAAUAGCGGAAAUCGAAAGUCCCGAAGCCGCUGCAAGUCUUGUUAUGCUUUUGACACCUUUGCCCGUUCAUUAUGGACCUCUUACACCAAGACAAGCUCUCAAUUUAAAUAAAGUUGAUCAUUACGGACGGUCUGCUCUACUUGCAAAUUUACUGCACGGCCUUGGCUUACAGUCAUAUGUAAUAUUAGGAUCUUCUCAAACGAGAAAAUGGGCAUCCUUUACACUUACAAUAGGUGAAAAUUCAAAUGUAUUGUUGUGGGAUGCUGAAAAUGGCGAUCAUUAUGAAUUACAAGAUAAUCGAUCUGCUCUUAUCAGCGUUUCUCGUAUGAUUAAUUAUCAGAAUAUCUGGGAAAAUACUCAAAAAUCGAUUGCUCCAAUGAAUCUCAAGUAUGAUCCAAAAAGUAACAAGGAUUGGCAAUUAUUAAUAAGCAAUACUUUAACACCAGGUUCACGAAGCGUUCAAGCGGUGGAUUUAAAUGUAACGUCACGAGAAAAUGACUCCGAGAAGGAUAUAACACAGGAAAUCGAAGAGAAUCUCAGAGAUAAUCUUACUCAGUGGCGAGCCGGCUUAGAAUUAACAACUAUUUUUAACAGACACGCCGACACAAUUCUUCGCGAUAUUCUAAACAAAACUAAUGUCCCAAUGGAAAUCCAACUGGACAAACAAGAAUUGAAAAAACUAUAUAGAGCAUAUUACACACAUGGAUUUAUCGUUAACGUUAGAUAUACCGAUCUCGAAGAUCUAUCCAGUUUUUUGCUAACGACGAAAAUCCAUACAAUGACUGGACCAAUCGAAUUUGCUUUAGUCUGUCAGGUUAAAAAAUUGGUCGGAAAAAUUCGUUCCGUCUGGUUAGCAGUCGUUAUUCUAAGAAAUAGAGCUUAAACAUAUAUACCUUAUUCAUAAAAAUAUUUAUC